AGUAUUCUAUGUCAGAAAAGCAAUUUUCCCAUAUUGAAACCAAAGAAAACCCGGUCCAUUCUCAAAAGAGCAAAAGCUUAUAUGGGUUCUUCCAGAACCUAACUUUGAAACAAACCAUUUUCAAAACAAUAGUAUAAAAUUAAAGGGUUUGUGAAUUUUUGCAUCAAUGUCACGAAGACGAAAUUUAGUGGUUGCUGCUGGAUUACUUGCUUUUGCUUCAGCAGGAAUGGCUUUUCCUUUCUACAUGGCUUCGUCGAAGAAACCGGUAAUUGAUCCAACAAAGCCACUUUCACCACAAGCAACAUUUCGAGGACCUUAUAUUAAUACUGGGUCACGUGAUAUUGGUCCUGAUCAUGAAACUUAUAAGAAGAAGUGAAUUAAUUUGACCCUUAUUGAGAUCAAGUUCGUGUUUUCUUUAGUGGUUUUUGUAAUUUUGAAUUUUAAGUCAUGCAACUAACUUAGAGUAUAGGUGGUUCAUCAAUCUGUAAUCUGUAUGAUUUAUUUCGCAAACGGUGAUUUUUUUAAUAAAAAGAAGAUGAAUGUUGUUAUUUAAUUAUGACAUGUGUAUAUGUUAAAUGGGUUUGGAUCUCAUUCUCAAAAGUUAGCUCAGACAUGCGAGUGCGAGGGAAGUAUGUAAGUUAAAAAAGGUUUUGUAUGGGUUUAAACAAGCUCGUCUCUUUGUAACUCUUGUAUUUAUGAUUUUGUAUUAUAUUAGAACCCUAGUCCUUUGUUCUUA